AUGGUUUCGUCAGACCCUCACCAGUAUUGUAGUUCACACUCUCACGGUCUGAGACAUAGUGGCUCAAGACCCACGAUUAGCCCCACUGGCAUACCGUGUAAGGUGACGUGGGGCAUCCUGAAGUGCGCAACAAUAAUUUGCCCCAGUACCAAUAACUUGACAUUCACGAUGAAACAACGAUCCCUCCGAAACCAUUCUUACAUAGCCAUUAUUCUCAUAUUUAUGAACAGCGUGACCCAAGCUGGGGACGGAGGACUCAUUUGGGGUGCCACAUUUUUCGACCGUAAUGGCAUCCGGUGGAGUUCCAAAUGUUCCGCUGCUGCAAAAUAUCUCACGCAAAAGCUUACAAAAGCGAAAGGUACUGAUGUCGGCGAGGAAUACAAACAGUUGUCAGCGUUAAUCGAUGUGUACAAGAGCUAUUUCGAAGAGGUCAAGAAGCGGUCUAUGGAAUGCCUAGAGCCAGGCGCUAAUAUUCGCAUUCGCCCGACACCCACCGCGGAAGGGUCGCAUAACAAUCCCGCUACAAACUCUUACCCUCACGCAGAAUUCCUUCUUGGUCAGUGCUUCGAGAAGUAUGCCAAGGCGUUAGAUGUGGACUCCCCUCUUGGGAGUGCACUGCUUUCAGCUGGAGAGGGCUACUGGCAACUAACGGAGGCUAAAAAACGUGCCGUGGAGGAGGCUCGCUUACGUUUCGUCAGUCUGAUUUCGGAAACACUAAAGCAGGAUAUCAAGGAAAUUAUUGCGUUGCGCAAGAAGGCUGAAAAUCGGCGGUUAACCUACGAUGUGGAGCGGUCCAAAGUAGAAAAAUCUAAACUCGCCCCAAAUCACCCAGACUACGUUGAAGCACAAAGGCAAUUUCAAGAGGCUUUCGAAAGUAGUCAUGAUGCAAUGGCCAACUUUUUGGAGAGUGAUGCGGAACACAUUGAAAUGUUAUCAAACUUUGUAAGUGCUCAGAUGAGCUACUUUCAAGAUGCCCAGCGAGUUCUGUCGGACUUACAGACUCGUCUACAGUCCAAUCGCAACAAUCCUGGUGCACGCGUAGCGAAAGCCGCGGCUGCCAAACCUGCCGUGUGUGCGGAUAGCAACAUGCCUGCCUCGCCUCGAGUGGAACUGAAACCGAAACACUCUGAUGAUUCAUCACGUGUCCCCAGGUGUCAGGCUUUGUAUGACUUUGAGGCGGAAAAUCCGUUCGAACUCUCUUUUCAUCAAGGUGAUGUUAUCACGCUGCUUGAACAGGUCGAUGAAAAUUGGUUCCUAGGAGAAUUUCAAGGUCAACAUGGACACUUUCCAACCAACUAUGUCCAAGUUCUAGUACCCUUGGCCUGAAAUCUCCUCUGCGGUUAUCGGACCACAUUGAUUUUCACGGCAGUCUUCUCAUUGCUACUGCCAGGUAGUACUUGUAGUACUGCUGUUGCCGCUUUGUGUCUUUCGCUUGUGUUUUUUUACCUGGCUUAUCUUGUCUCACCUAUCACUGCCUUCUCGCCCCCCUCCCCCUUAUUCUUGUCUUGCUGGACCGUUUGUACAACUCGGAAGGCUCUUCUAUGUAUUGCAUCGACGCCACUCUGCUUCACUCCCUGGUUUAUAUUUCGUCGUUUUCACUUGUCCCGCACAUGUUUUUUUCGGUUGAAUUCCAUUGUUUAAACGCCAACUUGCAUGCCGACAGAGAAUAGACACCUAUUGCAA